UUGAACUUGACUGGUGUAAAACGCAAAAAUCGUAUUGUUCUUUCCUUUAUAUGUGUACCAGUCAAUUGAGGCUGAGUAAAUACAGAAAUUUUACUCUUGCUUAUAUCAUUAUGUCUUUCAAGGUUUCCACGGGAUAUUCAUGGUGGUCAACCGUGCUCCUUUUCCCACUCAGAGAACUUUGACUUAACAAAGCAACCAAAGGUUUUUUUAAGUGCGUCAUUGAUCCUCUCUAAACGGGGGACAAUAAUCCUGUUUUAGUACUUUCAAUCCAAAUCCGGACUCAAUUUACGGAACGUUAUGCCUGCACUUCUGUCUCCGGUCAGUAAACCUUUCCGUGUUUCUACCAACUUUUCAUCGGUCUGAGAGUCUGUGGCGAGGCUGUUGUGAGCACCGUAGCGUGUCAGCACUGACCUGACACUCGCUGACUCUUGACUAGCAGGAAUGUUCCUUUAAGUCAGAGAAAAAUGCAAAGAGAUUGGGCGGAGCCGCAAGCCGCUGUCACUCUCGCAAUAUGCCUCAGAUAUAUAUCUGCGGGCAAAAGCAAGCAAUUCAACUGAAUAGGUAGCAGGUCUCGAGGAACAAAAAAACCCAGAACAAAUCACGAGCUCUGUUUUUUGGCAAAGUAUGCUGAAUGAACAAGAUGGAAUACUUUUCUCUAGGUGUCUGAUUUUAAUCUGGUCUUUGAUCACAUCUGAUUAUUAUUAAAAGGGAAACUACUGGCUUUGAACUUGUGGAGCUUUUUAAUCGUUGAUGAAAUCUAGCAUCUAGUUGCCACUUGAAGCGAGGUGUCGUGUUGCCCUAUUCAAAGGGGCUCGGGCUGCUCUAUUUUGCGAAAUAACACCUUUAGAGACUUUCUCUCACAAAUAGGAUCUAUGAUGUUUUGCACUUUGUUUGCUGUGAUCGCCUUGACCACACUACCUGGUAUUCGUUCAGAUAUGGGUCGUGUGGGGGUAGCCCCUCGCUGUGAGAGCCGAGCAUGUAACCCCCGCAUGGGCAACCUAGUGCUGGGCCGCAGGGUCCUGACCCAAACCGUCUGCGGGUACAACGGCACCGAGCUCUAUUGCUCCUACUCCGACCCUCCUGCCAGCGGAAGCUGCACUCCUGCCAAGUGCACCAAGUGCAACGCUGCCUUGCCCCUACAGGCCCACCUGUCUGCUGCCAUGGCUGACUCCUCUUUCCGCCACCCCAACACCUGGUGGCAGUCUGCUGAGGGGGUGGAGUCAGAGACGGUGCAGCUCGACCUGGAGGUGGAGUUCUACUUCACCCACCUGAUUGUUGUGUUCCGUUCCUCCCGCCCCGCCGCCAUGACGCUGGAGCGAUCGCAGGACUUCGGGCGCACGUGGAAGGCUCUCCAAUUCUACACCCACGACUGCAACGCCACCUUCGGUCUGGAGGAGGGAACAGCGGGGCUGGACGGAGCCUUCUGCACCUCCAAAUACUCUGGAGCUUACCCCUGUACUCGAGGAGAGGUCAUCUACCGUGCACUCUCCCAAUGGGAGUCUCUAGACCCGUUCGGGGUGGCGGGCCAGGAGCAGCUGAGGGUGACCAACAUCCGCAUGCGUCUGCUGCAGCACCAGUCCUGUCCCUGCCAAGCCAAAGAUCCUAGUCACCCGGACAAGGCUCCUCCAACCAAGCACUUUGCCAUAUAUGACCUCAUCGUGAAGGGAAGCUGCUUUUGCAAUGGCCAUGCCGAGCAGUGUGUCCCCGCACCUGGCUACCGUCCCGUCAGGGACAGGACCAACCAUGUGGUUCAUGGGAAGUGUGUGUGCAGACAUAACACGGCAGGUGACCACUGUGAGCACUGUGCUCCACUCUACAACGACAGACCCUGGCAGCCCGCUGACGGCCUGACUGGGGCUCCGCACGAGUGCCACAAGUGUAAGUGCAACGGGCACGCUCGGAGCUGCCACUUCAAUUGGUCGGUGUGGCGUGAGACGGGCCAGCGCAGCGGAGGUGUGUGUGACUGUCAACACAACACUGAGGGACUCCAGUGUCAGAGCUGCAAGACUGGCUUCUACCGAGACCCCCAGAGACCAGUCACUUCCCCAGACUCCUGCAAACCAUGCAGCUGUCACCCCCUGGGGUCGAUACCCUUUCACCUGGGCGGGAGCUCCCUGUGUGACCCCACCAACGGCGACUGCAUUUGCAAGCCUGGCGUAGGGGGAGCUCACUGCGACAGGUGCAUGGUGGGCUACUGGGGUUUCCAUGACUACGGUUGCCGUCCUUGUGACUGUGCUGGAGACUGCGAUCCUUUCACGGGAGACUGCAUGACAAGCUCAGACCUGGACCUUUAUAACCUGGAGGGAAACUCCAGUGAGCCGGCUCGGAUCUUCAGACCAGACGAGCUCUUCUCUGCCCUUCAUUAUUCAGAGAAGUGUGAAUGCAAGGAGCAGGUGCUGACCAACAGCAAACUCUUCUGUACCAUGAAGUUCGCCUAUGUUCUGAAGGUGAAGGUUCUGUCAGCUCAUGACAAGGGUUCCCAUGCUGAGGUGGAGGUGAAGGUCCAGAAGGUUCUGAAUCAGAACACCAAGGUGAAGAUUCAGAGGGGCAGAGUCACACUCUACCCAGAGUCCUGGACAGCACGAGGUUGCACCUGCCCCAUCCUAAACCCAGGUGAGGAGUAUCUGGUAGCAGGACAUUCAGACCGUAAACAGGGUCGUCUCCUGGUCAACAUGAAGAGCUUUGUUAAACCCUGGCGAGCCAGCUUGGGACGCAAGGUCCUCACGCUACUGAAGAAAGACUGCACUUGGUAGACAGAUUAUAGAGACGUACAGAGAGAUAGAAGGAAAUAGAGAGAGCGAAUGACAGAGAGACUGACAUGGAUUUUUUUAAAUUCUUGGUUCUCUGAAUGGGGGAGUGGUCUCAUGAGGCCUUCUGCAGACUCCCAAUCUCCACCCCCACCCUGCCCUGGGCCAAUAAGACAAUGAGGUCGCAAGAGGACUUACAAACUCUGCACGCCUCUCUUUCUGAGAGACGACACAAACCCAGCACACACAUGCACACACACACGUACCCCAUCUCUCCCUCUCUCUAGCACUUUAGCCCAGGACAGAUGGGCCACCAGUAGCAGGGACUUAUGGACUGUACCACAGGAAAUUCACACAUGAACAAUUCACAAUUCACACGAGCCCUCGUGAAGCGCAGGAUCCAUCCAGCAGUACAGAUGGAGGGCCGUGAUUGGUGUUCCAUGCGUCCUGUUACAGUGAACCCCUCCACUAUUUGUGAGAUACACACGUGUAUAAAUACACACAAUGAUGUUGAAAAAGCCAUACAAACCACUACUAGUGGUCUAGCUAGUCCAGUGUGUGUGAGUUUGAGGGUAAGUGGUUUAGUCCAGGUGAAUGUAUUUGUUUAUGUUUAAUAGUGUGUGUAUAUGCAAAGGUUGAGAGUAUUUGUGAAUGGAUGUCUUUCUGGAGAGUUCACAUUCAUUCUGUUUGUUUAUCAUUUGGGCAGGAUAGCCUUGUGAGAUGCAGCUUAUCCUUUUUAGAGGUGGUUCUACAUAAAACAACCUUCCAUGAAAAACUGGUUAUACAGUGGAGAUAAUACUGUAUAUUACUCUCAAUAUAUAUCAUUGAGAGUUAUUAUUGUUAUUAUUAUUACACUGUUACUACGAGCCGCUGUGUAACAUCACUGUACAGAGAUCUGACACUUCUCUGAUCACCUUUAUUUCUUCCUUUGUGUUCCUGUACAGUAUUAUUUGUAUAUAUCUAUAUAAAUAUGAUGAUGUAAAUCUA